GUUGGUCUGUGGUGACAGGUUGUUGGAGUGAUGUUUUGCUAAACUUUUGUUGUUACCUAUUACUAUUAUAAUAAAACUGGAGUAUAUUAAUAUUUACUAUUAAAAUUUUAUCAAUAAGACUGCAAUCUUUAAAGUGGUUUAGAUAUCAACAAGUUACAUACCACGAUUGCUGCUGAUAUUCUCUAGUGCCUUUUCAAUUGACAAACAGUUUAUUUCUAAGUUGCGAGUCUGUCAUGAUGCCGACUCAGUUGGUGAAUCAGGACAAUCACGCCAAUGACAUUCGUGUCAAGACUGUGUAUAGUGGUGAUGUGAUGAUAACAUACAUAAACCAUCAUAUAACUCUAGAGGAAUUUACACAAGAGAUGGUUGCAAUAUGCCGUUUUGCUCCUGACCAGGUUUUUACCAUGAAAUGGGUUGAUGAGGAAGGUGAUCCUUGUACCAUAUCUACGCAACUGGAACUGGAUGAAGCACUGAGGCUGUAUGAGCUGAAUCGGGACUCGGAGCUCACUGUUCAUGGUAAGUAAAAUGUAUAGUUUCACUGUAGUAUUAUUCAUUUUGUAGUAGCUCGGUGGCGUAGUGGAUAAGCGCCGCGGCCCGCGAUCGUUGUCGUUAAGCAACUUUCGCAAGGGUCGGUCAUGGGAUGGGUGACCAAAAAAUUAUUAUCUCAAGCUACUCCGUGCUUCGGAAGACACGUUAAGCCGUUGGUCCCGGCUGCAUUUGCAGUCGUUAAUACCCCCCAAUCCGCAUUGGGCCAGCGUGGAGGGUCAUGGCCCAUCCUCCUUAACCAUCCAUAAGGAAGGCCUGAGCCCCUGCAGUGGGGACGUAAAAAGGGCUGAUGAUGAUGAUGAUGAUGAAUAUUAUUCAUUUUGUAUGGGUCCAUCAAUCUACACUAGAUAUUAUUUUAAUUCCUUCAUCAGCUGCAUCCAUUUUUGAAAAUAUUAAUAUUAUUGUUUGAUGUUUACUGGAUGUUCUUAAAUAUUUACCUAGUGGUGACAUUCAUCAUAAUGGAGUGAUAAAAAAUGGUUUAAUGUAACAGAGUGUUUAUUGUGAUUAUAUUAAUAAAGUGCCAGGAAUGUAGUGCCAUAUAGUCAACGAAGUAUAGCUUCAAAUAACGCUAUAAUAAUAAGCUUGAACAAAGGACUGCCAAUUGGCACGAAACAAUUUCGUCCAGCAAGAAUUCUGACUGACUAUCAACAAGUUGAUGUAACAUUGUGCUGGAAUGCACGAUGCAAAUGAAUCCGUAAAUUCUUGCGAUCCGCCGUAAGAAUUCGCAGAUGUUCUCGAUGCGCUGUCACUAAACAGUUUUGUAUACAAGCAUUGUGUACAUCCGUACCGCAAAAAGGAAAAAAAAAACAAUUUCUUGUUUCAAACUUUUUAGAGCGUGAUUAAGCUAUAGUUGGGUUUUAUAUUUUUUUAUUUAAUUAAUUUUCGGGUGUAUUUAAGCAAAUUCGCAAGCAAAAGCGGAAAUUUGUAGUUUAUUACUUUAUAUUCUUAAUGAAAAAUGCUUAAAGAAUCCACUACGUCUCUGGUACUUUGAGAUGGGAUUCGAACCCACGUCGUUUCGAACUUUCGAUGUUCGAGAUUGACUCGCUGUUGGCUGGAUUUUAAAGUUGUCAAAACAAGCCUGUAAUAUUAAAUAUCAAUAUUUUUUUUUUUCAAAAAUACACCCGAUAUUUUUUUUAAAAUAGGUUUAUUUAACUCUGUCGUUGUUAUUUGUAUCCUUAAGUUUGGUCUUAAAUUCUAAUGCUUAAUUAUUAUUACUUUAACCGUUUUUGCACCGAUAUGUGUAUUGAGACACUGAGAUUAGUGAUUGUAAAGUUUAUCUACGUUAAGCUUCCGAGUCGGUUAAGUGUAAUUCGGUAAGUGAUGUUCGUCGAAAUGGUUAAUUUCAUUAUAUUUGAUAUUUGUGUUCCGGUUAUGGCAAUGGAAUUGAUCAAUAUGACCUACGUAUAUGAAUUCAAUCAUCAUCAAUAUUCUCGCUCAAAAUUAUUCGUAAUAAAUCUGUCAAAUUUAUCCACUUGAUUUUCACAACCCAAAUGUUUUGUGGGUAGAGUUUAAAAUCAAUUUUAAAAAGAUGACAUAUUGUGGCAGCCUGGCGUAGCAGCCUUGUGUGCAACCGGGUCUGUAUAAAAAUGCACUGAAAUAAUGCUUGCUUUGAUCAUAUUACACGUCUUGACUUUCAUAUGAGUUUACAUAGAUCUUGGUUGCUGUAACUAUUAAAACUGUAUUAAAGAUUCAACUACGAUCUUUUAUCAUUAACAACUUUAUUGAUUAACUAAUAAUCC